GCUCCCUUCACAUAAUACUAUCAACUUCAACAAUAAUCCGAUCUUUCAAAGUGAAGAUUGAAGAUAAAACUUUAAUACAAUAAAAAUGGGUGAAAACAAGGGUGGAUGCUUUAGUGUUACAAUAGUUGUUUGUAUAUUUUUGAUCGUGGGAUUAGAUGUCAUCGCUGGUUUAGUGGCAAUUCAAGCCGAAGGCGCCCAAGAAGAGGUGAAACACAUGAAGGUGUGGUUACUCGAGUGUAAAGCUCCAAGCCAAAAAGCUUUCGUGUUAGGGAUAAUAGCAUUAGUAUGUUUGGCAGCAGCUCAUAUAUUCGCCGUUAUGAUAGGAUGCAGUAUCUCCAACAUAGUCAAAGUACUCGCCGUACCUAAGAUCUCUGCAUACAUCAACAUGGCCUGUCUUUCUCUCACUUGGAUCGUAGCAAUUGCGGGAGCGGGGAUACUUACGAUGGGGAUAUGGACGAACAGAGAGUCGAGAUCAAAAUGUGGAUUCACAAACAAACAUUUUUUGUCUUUCGGAGGCAAAGUGUGUUUCUUUCAUGCCUUUGUCUCUGUCGUUUUUUAUUUAACAACUAUCAUCUCUAAAAGAUGUCCUUUGUGAAAUGUUCGUAUGCAUUAAUGCUAAUUUGUGAAAUGUUCAUUU